AAUCCAAGAGAACUGCACUAUCGCUAACCUUCUGAGGAGACAGAAACCCUAUCCCUUCAAACCGAACCAGUUCGUUCCCUCCUAGGUCCAAUUGGCCUCUCGGGUUCGUUCCAAGCCCAAUCUCCUUCUCCCUCCUCCCUCUCUCUCCUCUGCAAAACCCUAGAUCGCUCUCCGGCGAGCUCGAAGCUCGGUUUCCGAGCUUCCGCCUUUUUCCGCGGAUCGGUCUUCACUGUCAAAAUCUUUCGUUUAGCCGGUGAAUCCCUAAUCUGGACUUCUUGUGAUCCUUAUUCUUUUGCUGCUACUCUCGGUUGCUGCGUGAAACUGUUGAUCGUUUAUGCUUUCGGUCAAAGAGGUCAUUUUGCAUUGAAAAGCUUCGAAAUUUUGUUGCGAUCCGUGGAGCGCUUCUGAUCUGGGCUACUCAGUGAGCAAAAUCGAUUCCAGAUCUCUUUUUUGCCUUUUCGGUUUUCCUCUUCUGCGGGUGCGAGCGCAUUGAUAUCCCAAUUUCGACCCUGUUUGUGUGGACUCUGUUCGUAGUCUUUCACUUCUUGAUUGUCUGUUCUGUUUUCCUCUGGUUAUCUAAUUCUGAUAUCAUCUUCGUAUUUCUACUGAGCUGGGCCGGCUUGAGUGAAUUGUGGGCCCAAGUCGUGUUUCGGUUCCUAGUCACUGGCCGAUUUAGCCAGCCAGCGGGCUCAUGGUGCAGUAUUGUGUUGACCAUAGGCGAUGUAGCGAGAACAAAAGAAACGCUAAGCAAGGACUUGUAUAUAGAGCAUGCAGCUCAAAUUCAUGGGCACUCCGUUGGGCCUUGUUGUCGAAUCUUUUGCCACAUGUAGUAUAACAAGAUUGCAACAUAACAAAUAGUUCUGAUGGAACUCAAGUUGUACUGUACAUUUCAGUAACACGAUGAGGAGUUUCCUUCAGCUUUUAAAUCAUAUCAGCCUGGUAUGGGUGCUUUAUGAAGUGCUGAUAUCGAUAUCCUAGUUAGUCAAAUUUAACACAGUUAGUGCAAACUUGAAGUAUUGCGCUUGCACGUGCCGAAAUAAGAAAUCAAAGGCCAAACCAAAGCUCAUUUUCUGUCGGGGUGCUUCGAUGUGCUUGGGAAAGUCUCUAUUUUUGUUGGUCUAUAUAUGUUUUAUGAAAGUAUGAGGAAGGAGGAGAUAUAAUUUCAGGCAGGAUGGCCACUGUUGAAGAGGAUAGACACAUGACCCCUGAUUUGAAGAAUGAACCAAACAGUGUAGAUGCUAAUCCUAACAAUGAUCAUUUAACUUCUGAAUCUGUGCCUGAUGGUAAAUUGGAAAAUCCUGAAUCUCAGCAUGACAACGAUUUGUCAAAUUCUGAAAAACAGCCUAACAAGGUGCUUCACAUGUCUGAAAGCCAGGCCACUAGUGAGGUAGCGAAUGUGGUGACAUCACCCAAGCAGGAGCUGGCUCACUCUGGAGAACCUCCAAGCAAUCAAUCGAUGAAUUCUGAUUCACUUCCUGAUGACCAUCCAGGCAAUUCUGAGGCUCAACCCGGCAAUGAGCUGGCACAUUCUGAGGCAUUGCCUACCAGUCAGUUGGUCAACCCUGAGGAUCAUCUUAGUGCCAAAAUUCUUGAUGAGAAAAUCAUCCCUGAAGCACCACCCAACUAUCAGCAGGUCCAUUCCGAGGCACCACUAAGCAAUGGACUGGCUAAUUCUGAAGCACAGCCCAUCAAUGAGGCGGUGACCUCUGAAACACAGACCAUCAAUGAGGUUGUUGUGUCUGAAACACUGCCCAGCAAUGAGACCGUUCUGUCUGAAACUCAGCCCCGCAAUGAGAUGACCUUGUCUGAAAUGCAGCCUGCCAAUGAGAUUGCCUUGUCUCAAGUUCAGCCUGGAAAUGAAGUGGUUAUGCCUGAAACAGAGUCUGUAAAUGAGGUCGCCAUGGCUGAAACUCAACAUGGCAAUGAUGCAAUCAUGCCUGAUGCACAACCAGGCAAUGAGGCAGUCAUGCCUGAGACACAACCUGGCAAUGAGGGUGUCAUGCCUGAGACUCAGCAUGGCAAUGAGGCAGUCAUGCCUGAGACACAACCUGGCAAUGAGGGUGUCAUGCCUGAGACUCAGCAUGGCAAUGAGGCAGUCAUGCCUGAGACACAAUCUGGCAAUGAGGGUGUCAUGCCUGAGACUCAGCAUGGCAAUGAGGCAGUCAUGCCUGAGACACAAUCUGGCAAUGAGGCAGUCAUGCCUGAGACACAGCCAGGCAAUGAGGGAUAUGUGUUAACGCAGCCCAACAAUGAGGUGGUUAUGUCUGAAACGCAGCCCAACAGUGAGGGGGUUAUGUCUGAAACGCAGGGCAACAGUGAGGUGGUUAUGUCUGAAACCCAGCCCAGCAAUGAGGUGGUAAUGUGUGAAACACAGACCAGUGGUGAUGUCAUCAUGUCUGAAGCCAAUUCCAUACGACAUCCCAACGAUCAGUUUUCCCAUCCUGAAACUCUUCCUAAUAGUCAGUUCACUGAUUUCCGUAUGAUACAUGAAAGUCAGAUGCCUCUUCCUGAAUCACUUCCUAAUUCUGAACCUGAACCACCGCAAAACAGUCAUCCCACUGAAACCAAACCAAUACAUAACAAUAUGGUCCACUUUGAAGCACUGCCCGGUGGUCAUUUGGCCCCCUCUGAGCCAAUGUCUGAUCAUCAACUGGCAAACCCUGAAAUGAUGUCGCAUGAUCAGCUAGCCAGUUCCCAAAUGUUGUCUCACUUUGAGCUGUCAAACAAUGAGACACUGAACAAUAAUCAGCUAGCCAUUUCUGAAUCCCACUAUGAGCUAGUCAAUUCUGAAACUCCACCUAGCUAUGAGAUAAUAGAUGCUUCAACACAACCAAACAAUGAAGAACAUACCCCAGAAACACAACCAAACAAACGGAGGAAAAAGAAAUCCAUAGUGUGGGAACACUUCACCAUAGAAACUGUGAGUGCUGGAUGUAGAAGGGCAUGCUGCAAGCAAUGCAAGCAAAGUUUUGCCUAUAGUACGGGUUCAAAAGUUGCUGGUACUAGCCACCUCAAACGCCACAUUGCUAAGGGGACCUGUCCUGCACUUCUCCGUAAUCAGCAGCAGAAUCAGUUAACCCCAUAUACUCCACGUGGAAGGGGAAGUGGGGGUGGCACUGCUAGUGACACACCAAAAAGGCGAUAUAGAUCCCCAAGCACACCUUACAUGAUUUUUGAUCAAGAUCGUUGCCGCCAUGAGAUUGCUAAAAUGAUCAUUAUGCAUGAUUAUCCCCUUCACAUGGUGGAGCAUCCAGGAUUUGUUGCCUUUGUCCAAAAUCUGCAGCCACAGUUUAACAUGGUGACCUUUAAUACCAUCCAAGGAGAUUGUGUUGCAACAUACCUGUCGGAAAAGCAAAACCUUAUGAAGUAUUUUGAGGGAUUGCCAGGGCGUUUUUGUCUGACGUUGGACAUGUGGACAUCAAAUCAGUCUGUUGGUUAUGUGUUUAUAUCUGGACAUUUUGUUGAUAGUGAUUGGAAGUUGCAGAAGAGAAUUCUCAAUGUUGUUAUGGAACCAUAUCCUGAUUCUGACACUGCUCUCAGCCAUGCUGUUGCUGUUUGUCUUUCUGAUUGGAGUUUGGAGGGCAGACUCUUUUCUAUUACUUCAAACCAGGCAUUGAAUGGAGUUGCACCUGAAAAUCUCAGACCUUUACUCUCAGUAAAGAAUCCACUUAUCCUCAAUGGUCAGUUGGUUCUUGGCAACUGCAUUGCCCGUACCUUAAGCAGUGUUGCAAAUGAUUUAUUGGAAUCAUCACAUGACUUGGUGAAGAAAAUCCGGAAUAGUGUAAAAUAUGUGAAAACAUCUGAAUCACAUGAGGAAAAGUUCCUAGAGCUCAAGCAGCAACUUCAGGUUCCCAGUGACAGGAGCCUUUUUAUUGAUGACCAAGCUCAAUGGAGUACAACAUAUCAAAUGCUGGUAGCGGCUUCUGAAUUGAAGGAAGUAUUUUGUUGUUUGGAUACUUCUGAUCCUGAUUACAAGGGAGCGCCAACAAUGCAAGACUGGAAGCUGGCUGAAACCCUCUGCACAUACUUGAAACCCAUUUUUGAUGCUGCAAAUAUUCUUACUGCGACAAAUUAUCCCACUGCUAUCACCUUUUUUCAUGAAGUUUGGAAAUUGCAAUUAGAUCUGGCUCGUGCAGUUAUGAGUGAGGAUCCCUUUGUCAGCAACCUCACUAAAAUCAUGCAAGAAAAGAUUGGCAAGUACUGGAGAGAUUGUAGUCUGGUGUUAGCAAUUGCAGUGGUCAUGGAUCCUCGCUUCAAGAUGAAGCUUGUUGAGUUUAGUUUCUCAAAAAUAUAUGGUGAUGAUGCCCAUGCAUAUAUCAAGAUCGUUGAUGAUGGGGUUCACGAGCUGUUUCAUGAGUAUGUGGCCCUUCCCCUCCCUUUAACUCCAGCGUAUGCGGAGGAAGGAAAUGCUGGAGGUCAUAUGAAGAUGGAAGAAUCCCCAGGAGGAACUCUAUUGUCAGAUAGUGGUCUCACAGAUUUUGAUGUCUAUAUCAUGGAAACUAGCAGCCAACAGAUGAAGUCCGAGCUAGACCAGUAUCUGGAAGAGUCACUGCUACCUCGCGUUCCAGACUUUGAUGUAUUAGGUUGGUGGAAGCUAAACAGAGUUAAGUACCCAACUCUUUCCAAGAUGGCUCGGGACAUUUUGUGCGUCCCGGUAUCAACUGUCCCUGGUGACUCUGUUUUUGAUACAAAAAGCAAAGAGAUGGAUCAGUACCGGAGCUCAUUGCGCCCAGAGACAGUGGAAGCACUUGUUUGUGCGAAGGACUGGAUGCAGCAUGGAUCAGCAGAGACUUCCAAUGCGGCUGUGAAGAUGGGAUUUUAGAUUAUAGGUGUAUGUGUCCUGUAUUGAGCUAGGUCAUUGUGGUUAUUCUAUUUCUAGCUGUAGUGUUCUGUAUUAGGCUGUAUUUGUACCAAUUAUUAAUUAACUGUUUAUUUUGUACGAGUGGACGGGAAUAUUUAGUAUCUGGUGUAGCUCGAGCCUUAGAUAUCUCCUCCGAUUUGUUGGAAGGUUAUGUUAAUUAUGAAAGUAAUCCUUUUUGUCCUUUUGGGGAUAUUAA